AUGACAGUAUUUAAAGUUGGACAGGAACAAUUGUCUGAGAGAAGAUCGUCCAGGUCUCAAGAAACAGAAGAGGAAAAAGCCGAAAGAUUGGCGAAACAAGAGGAAGUCGAUUCAAGGUCCAUAUACGUCGGAAAUGUCGAUUAUCAAUCUACACCUGAGCAAUUGCAAGAGUUUUUCAAUGCUGUUGGGGUUAUUGAAAGGGUUACCAUUUUAUUUGACAAAUUCAGUGGGUUACCCAAAGGUUACGCUUAUGUUGAGUUUGAAAAGGGCGAGAGUGUGAACAAAGCCGUUGAAGAAUUGCACGGGAAAGAGUUCAGGGGAAGGGAAAUUCGGGUUACGCCAAAGAGAACCAAUUUGCCUGGAUUCAAAAAGAGAGGAUCAAGCGGUAGAGGGGGAUUUAGAGGAAGAGGAGAUGGCACGAGAGGUAGAGGUAGAGGUAGAGGAAGAGGAAGAGGUAGGGGCAGGGGUGGAAGUGGAGCCAGGGGAAGAGGUCAUGGAUCAUUAGGAACCAGUGGCCCUGAGGAUGGCGAAGAUUUAAUGGAUACACCUAGAUCAUUAAUUGAUGAUAUGUGA